AUGGUGGCAGUGAAUAAUAUUUUCAAGUACCUAAAACGAACUUCAUCUUUAGGCAUAUGGUAUCCUGCGAACUCAGGCUUCUUCGUUCAAGCGUUUUCGGAUGCUGAUCUUGGUGGGUGCAGCUUAGAUAGAAAAAGCACGAGUGGUGGAUGCCAAUUUCUUGAUGUCAAGUUAGUUAGUUGGCAGUCCAAAAAGCAAACAUUCGUUUCGUUAUCGACAGCCGAAGCUGAGUACAUCGUUGCUGCAUCUUGUACUUCUCAAGUUAUCUUGCUAAAACAAAUGAUGGGACAGAGAAAGGUGCUUAUACCUUUACAAGAAGUUAAGGACUUUGAAAUGUUGGAGAUAAAGGUUGUUGACACAACAUUUGAAGAUAAGAUUUUGAAAUAA